UCCACACAGACAGCCAAGUGAAAUGAAAGCAGCACUGUCCAUGCUAAUCAGCUCCAGGAACCUGAGCCCUCACCCCUCUUCUUCUCUCUCUCGCUCCACUUGGCUUCGCCCAAAGUCCCUCCCCAACUCACCCUCCAUUAUUCCCCUUAUACCCUCCAAGUCCCUCUCCCGUCUCCGCCUCAAUCACCGCAAGUCCCACACCGCUCAUUUCUCGUCGAUAAUGGCCUCCUCUUACAAGCCCGAAGAAGCCAGGGUCCCACCUGCCCUUCCCUUACCCGCUCCUCCCGUCAACAAGUUCAAGAUUGGGCUGUGCCAGCUGUCGGUGACGGCCGAUAAGGAGAGGAACAUUGCUCAUGCUCGCAAGGCCAUCGAGCAGGCUGCCGCACAGGGUGCUCAGCUGGUUGUCUUACCUGAAAUAUGGAAUGGGCCGUAUUCAAAUGAUAGUUUUCCAGUGUUUGCGGAGGAUAUUGAUGCCGGCGGUGAUGCAUCUCCUUCGACAGCAAUGCUUGCGGAAGUUGCUCAGCGACUGAAAAUCACCAUUGUUGGUGGGUCUAUAUCGGAGCGUUCUGGUGAUCAGCUGUACAAUACUUGUUGUGUGUUUGGUACUGAUGGAAAGCUCAAAGCUAAACAUAGGAAGAUACACCUCUUUGAUAUUGAUAUCCCUGGGAAGAUUACCUUUAUUGAAUCAAAGACUCUGACAGCAGGGCAAACUCCUACCAUUGUGGACACAGAAGUUGGGCGUAUUGGCAUAGGAAUUUGUUAUGACAUUAGGUUCCAGGAACUAGCUAUGAUCUAUGGAGCAAGAGGUGCUCACUUGAUAUGCUAUCCUGGGGCUUUUAACAUGACCACUGGACCAUUGCAUUGGGAAUUGUUGCAGAGAGCAAGGGCUACAGAUAACCAGCUAUAUGUGGCAACUUGUUCACCUGCCCGAGAUGCCGGAGCUGGUUAUGUGGCAUGGGGACACUCCACCCUUGUCGGACCAUUUGGAGAAGUGCUGGCGACUACAGAACAUGAAGAGGCAAUAAUCAUGGCUGAGGUUGAUUAUUCACUCCUUGAGCUUAGAAGGACAAAUCUCCCUCUACUGAACCAGCGGCGAGGAGAUCUUUACCAGUUGGUAGAUGUCCAGAGGUUGAAUUCUCAGUGAUUGUCGAAGACUUCUAUUAUACACAAAGCAAGUGUUAGUAAGAAAUGGUUGUGAAUGUAUCGAUGGAAAUAAUGAGACCCCUGAGGGUCUAUGGGAUACCGAUAACUAUUGAGACUGUAUUUCGGAUAUUGAAGUUUCUAAAUUUCGAUAUUGAAGGUUUUAGCAGAUAUUGUGACUGUAUUUUGUGUAUUGAAGUCUACAUUUAUUUCGACAUCGAAGGUUAUAGCAGAUGUUCUUUCCUGUUUCCUGGGAUAGGUGGGUUUUGGGAGCAAACUCAACUAGGAAGCUCAGGUUGACAAACAGUGUGAAAUGGGAUGUCCAGCACCUAGAAGACUGUAAGUAGGACCUCUUCAGCAGUAUUGGGCCCCGAAAUUGAAUUGGAACGGACAAAAUACACGGGCUAAUGGGGUUAUCAUUAGCUGGCCCAGAAAUGA